AUGACAGGCACACUUGUGGCACUACUGUGGAUUCUGUGUGUGGUUUGGAUCAGUGCAGCUGGAGAGGACAUUCCCUGUCCGAAAGGUGGGCGGAUCCACUUGUCCAGCACGCGAUGUUACUGGAUCUCCGAGAGGACAUCUUCAUGGUCUGAGGCGCAGGAUUCAUGCAGAGAGACUCCGGGAGGGGGUCUAGCUUCUGCUGACAGCCCGGAGCUGCAAAACUUCAUCCACUACUCCUUUCCACUGAAAACCACUGUGUGGGUAUGGCUGAAGGGAUUUGAGGGAGAAAGGCCCGAGCAGGCUGGGGUUGUGGAGCCAGUAAGUCCUGCAUGGUUGGCUGGAGGCAAAGGGGGUGAAAGUGGGUGUACCCAGAUGGCCUUGGGGAUACGGGGACAGCGGAGGAGAGCAGAUUGUGCUGGACGAUUCCUCUACCUCUGUGACAAAGAAGUAACUGAGGCUUUAGCGUCUGUAGACAGUUACCUGACUGGAUUGGUUCUCAUGACUGGCAUCUAUGCUCGAACCCAGAUACAUCCGCUUCCCAGUGUCCCGGACAUUGGACAACGCACAGUGGAGAUGCAGCUGUUCCCAGGACUGUGGUUCAGUCACGCUGGUCAGUUGGUAACAGUGGAGCUGGUGGUCCGGCCAAGCCCACUGUCCUCUCUGGCCCGUGUUCAGAUCCUUCGACCCUACUGCGACCCCAACCACCACCUGGUACCUCCAGGUUGCAGCUCUCUCCUUAAUCCAUUCAGCUGCUGCUCAGCGGUACCACUGUGUAACACUACAGGGGGCUGCAGCACGGGUCAGUACUGGUGCCACCUGCUGGAGGCCUGUCUGCCCACCACCAGUCCCUGCAGCCCCUACGACUCUGCAGCAGGGGGCCGUGGCUUUGCUUUACCUCCCAGAUACCCUGCAAUACCACCCUUCUACCACCUCGUGGCAGACCUGUCUCUGAGAAUAAACCCCAGCUCUGAACUGAAAACUAUGAGCCUGCUUCUUCCAGAUUCAGAAAUCAUGGUGUACCCGGACGAUAUUGUGGCUAUACAGCACACUCGCGACUCUGGAACUUUCCUACAUUGCCUCAACAGUGAAGCUUCUCUAAACUCCUCCUGGCGCCAGAGUUACCUGUCCCUUAGGGGGGCAGAGUGGGGAGGCUGGUGGCAGGGAGGACUUACUUCGCUGACCCAAGGAGGCCGGUGGGUGGAUGGAGUGGUGUGUGAUCUGAGGAUGCUGUACAUGGACACUCUUCACAGAGGCACAGAGCUCAAUGAUAUCUUUGACUUCACACACACAGAGGAAACCACAGCCCUUGAUAUUAGGCCCCUGACUCCAGAUCCUACUCCGAGUUUGGGAUCUAAAUUUAGGCUUAAUGUCAUCCACCCUCUGCCGGACGAAAAGAACCAAAUUCAUGUCCAAAUCAACUCCCCAACACUCAUUGUAAUAAAGGUCCUUUCUGGUCAGAACGCCAGGAGCUCAUGGUCAGCCCCAGUGCUCCAAACUGGGGUCCCCUUUCUUCCAUCUUGCCCUGAAGAUGUGGCUUCGUCUUGGCCUGGCUGUAAGAGACAGUCCCUUGAAGACUGGUUCUCCUCUGUGACUCUCUCUUUGCCCUCAGUGGGGGUUCAGACAUUGAACAUCAGUGUGGCGGAUGCAGUAAACUCUCAGAGUGUGAGUGUGAAAGUAUGUGGCCACGAGGCGGUGACAGGGCUCAGUGUUGAGCCACAUGGAUGCCUGAGGACAAUAAUCGACAAGUCACAGUCUUUUACAGCCAAAGUAGAGGGCGGCUCUUCAGUAAAAUUCACAUGGGUCAUUGACAACCUGGAGAAGUUUGCCUAUGAAGGGGAAUCUUACACCGUCGUGUUCAAGAAACCUGCCGAGCAUAAGCUCAGGAGCCAGCAACUCCUCCUGACGGCCGAUGAAAUGACCCCACUGGCUGAGCCAGAGUUCCAGUUUGUCAGGGAGGUCGUAGCUGUGAAUGCUACACACCUCUACACCCUCAGGGUCAAAGUGGACACCUCUAUGCCAGUCACCUUCAGGUGGGAUUUUGGGGAUGGCAGUAGAAAGGUGAGCCAGGCCCAGUCUGCUCCAUGUCAGACCAUGGAAGGGCGUGUGGAGGGAGGAGAGAAGCAAGUGUAUGUCCAGGACUCAGUCAACUAUACCUAUUCCAUUCCAGAUGACUACACACUUCAUGUCCAAGUCUCCAACCAGUAUGACAACAUUGGUGCAUCCAUGAAGAUUAAUGUCCGCCCUAAGUUGAGUCAUGUCCACAUUUCCUCUUCCCCCCUGGUACCCCUUGUCAAACAUACUCUUCUUCUGGAAGCUUCUGCAGAGCCUUCCACCCAUGCUGUCUUUUACACGUGGGACUUUGGCGAUGGCUCCAAACCCGUCCAUGGCAACCAACAUAAAGUCCAUCACUCCUUUGGAUCUGCUGGGUUUUAUAACAUCACAGUGUGUGCCAACAACACUCUCACAACCCUGACCGCCUGGCUCAUCCUGGAAGUUAUGGAGAAAAUCUCCGGAUUAACCAUUAGUUACAGUGAACUCAGUGAAGUAAGCUCUGCAACAGAUUUCAGAGCUAAAGUUGCCACAGGUACAAGUCUCAUCUGGGAUUUUGACUUUGGUGAUGGGUCCCUGCGGGGAAACCUUACAGACAGUUCCAUCUCUCACAUCUAUAAGUCUCCAGGGAAUUAUACAGCAGUUGUAACUGUCUCCAAUUCUGUCAGCAAAGUUCAUCAGUCUAUCAGGGUAGAGGUCUACAGUUUGGCUGUUAGUGGAGUUCUUCCUAAAGAAUGCAUCAUAAUUGGAAAAGACGUACAACUUACUGCUCUGGUGACGGGGAAAAUAUCCAUUCUGAGUUUCCAUUGGCAAUUUGGAGAUGGAGCACCUUUGACUGUAGUGACAGGACAGUCCACAGUCAUGCAUUCAUUUCCAAGCCAAGGGGCUAUUCAUGUUAGCCUGACAGUGUUUAGUUCUCUUACAUCUGUAUCAUUUAAUACAAGUAUCUGUGUUGAAGCACCAAUAACCAGCAUGGCAGUGCAGUCAUCACAGGAUGUUGCAGCAGUAGGAGAAGAGGUAUGCUUCAGGGUGUUUGUUUCCCCUGAACAUAUGACAGGUUACCAGUAUAAGUGGUUUAGCAACUUUUCUAGUCUCACCAGCAAGAUGGAAAACUCUCAGAAGUGCUUUGUCUUUAAAGAUGAAGGUGUUGAAGAGGUUUCAGUAAUGGUAAGUAAUAAAGUCAGCAACAAAACAGCCAAGGUUGCCAUCACCAUUCAAAAACCUGUGAGUAAGCUCUCUUUGGUGCAUGAUAAUCAAAGUGACACACUGACAGUCAAUACAUUAGCAUCAUUUUGGGUUGCUAAUUGCACUGGAAGCAAUGUGUCAGUACUGUGGGACUUUGGAGACGGUUCUCCGGUGGAGCAGAAGCAAAAUGUGUCACAUGUCUUUACCUCGACAGGUCAUUUCACAGUCACUGCCACAGCAUCUAAUGUGGUGAGCAGAGACUCUGCGAUCCUCAAAGUGCAUGUUUUACUUCCUGUCACAGACCUUUCACUUCACACCAACCAGCCGUAUGCUGUAGUAGGAGAGGAAACUCUUAUCACAGCACUUACUAGUGCUAUCAGUAGCACCAACUACUACUGGACUGUGGACGGUAUAACUUCAACCAAACAGGGGACCUAUCAGUUUAUGUUUGCUUUCCCCAAACCAGGACUAUAUCAAGUGAGGGUUAUAGCCCAGAACUUGGUGAGUAGCAGGGAGGCAGCUAUUUUAAUUGAGGUCUUUGAAAGAAUAGAGGGUCUCCAGAUUGAUUGUCACGGGCUGACAAACAUGAAAUACACACCAACCCAAGAGGAACUGCUGUUCAUUGCCUCAAUCACCAAAGGCUCCAAUGUUACUUAUCACUGGCUUGCUGCACAGGGCGGAAUAAACCGAGAGAUCACUGGUGAUGAAAAGCUUUUUCAUCUGUUUGCUGAAAGACCUGGCCGUAUCUCAGUUCAGCUAAGAGCCUCAAACAAGUUGGGUGAGGCCACCAGUAUUGUGUUUUUAGAAACAGUAGAGCGUGUAAGAAGCGCACACAUCACAACACAAUCAAACAUUGUGGCAUUGGGGAAAUUAGUGAAUAUUUCUGUGUCCGUGGUUGCUGGGUCAGACCUCGAGUACCUUUGGUAUGUGAACUCUGAUCCAUCCCCCCUGCAGACACAUACGCCCUUUCUUCUUCACACUUUUACAAGUUUAGGCCAUCGUCUUGUCACAGUUUCAGUUCAUAAUGUUUUCAGUCAGUCUAAUGACACCGAACAGUUCAUUGUCCAAGAGGAGGUUCAAGAUGUGGAUUUUGAAAUUGAAGGAAAGAUGCAUCCAUUUUUUUUAAACACAAGUACUGCCGUUACACUCCAUGGGCUUAUUCUUAAGGGUAGUGAUCUGCACUGGGACUGGAAAGUUAGAGGAGCCAAAACCAACCUUUUUAAUGCCACUAAUCGGACCUUUCUCUACACUUUUACACAUGUCGACAUCUACCAGGUGUCUUUGAAUGUCUCCAAUGGAAUAAACUGGCAGAUGGUUUCACACAGGGUCACAGUCCAGGAUGGAAUCGAAGGUCUUCUGCUGAAUAUAAGCAAGUCUUCCCUCUGCGUUGAAGAAGAAGUUACCUUUACUCCAACAGUCUCCAUAGGAAGCAACGUAAGCUUUGUUAUAACAUUUAGAAACAUAGACUGGAUACACAGUCAGGACAUUCUCAAGGGGCAAUUCAGCACAUCAAGCCUUCCAGCUGGGAGACAUCUGGUCACAGUGAAAGCUUGGAAUCUAGUCAGUAGUGCUGAGGUGUCUUCCAGCAUACUGGUCACUGAGCACAUUCAAGGUUUACGACUUGUAAACUGUUGUUCCACUGUUCUAGAGGCUCUGAAGGGAACCCGUUUCAAGGCUGAGGUUCAGAGUGGGUUCCCAAUUAACUACACCUGGAUAUUUCACUUGGUGGGGUCGAAGCCCACAUGGCUCACGGGCCGAGAAGUGAUCUUUACUCCACAAGAGAGUGGUAUAUUGUCUGUUAGUGUGGUAGCCAGCAACGGAGUCUGCUCCCAGAUGCUAAAUGAGACAGCUUCAGUGGAGUGGCCUGUUAAGAAGAUCAAGCUCAUCUGUCAUUCAGAGAGAGUAUUUGUUGGAUACGCUGUCAAGUUUUCUGCAACUGUGAAUGGAGGGAGCAACGUCAGGUACCUCUGGGACUUUGGAGAUUCCACUGAAGUGUUGGUGACAGACUUUAGCGCAGUCAAUCAUACUUAUUAUAUUGCUGGAAAAUACAGUGUUAUGGCCAAAGUUCUCAACAGUGUCAGCCACGUGUCCACACAGCUUCACGUGGAAGUGGAAGAGCUCCAGUGUUCCAGCCCUGAAGCUUCUCUAGUCCAGAGCCAGGCGACUAUCUACAGGUCUAGACCGAGUUUCUUUGAAGCCAGCGUGGACAUUAACUGCUCUACUUACAAGACCAUCUACAAAUGGGAGAUAUCCGCAGGGUCUGAUUGUACAAAUGGGAAUGUAAAUUUCUGCGGGAACAAUGUCAUUCUUAGAAGUCCAGUGGAUGCAUCUUCGCCUUUUCUCGUACUCCCGAAGCAUACUCUCGAUGUGGGACAGCAUCGCCUUGUAUUCACCGUUUCACUCCAGGGAACUCCUGUAUUUGUCCAACGGACAACCAACAUCACGGUGGUCCGUUCCCCGCUGGUAGCCGUCAUCAAGGGAGGCUCGCACAAACUGUGGCCCUGCCUCAGUGACCUCAUCAUGGAUGGAUCUGAGUCUCAAGACCCUGAUGUGGAGCCAGGAGUGGAGCAUGCGCUGGAGUAUCACUGGACCUUCAUGAGAGCGGUAACUGUGUGUGAAGCUCCUGUGCUUCCAGUGACUGUGGACUGUGUGUCCUGUUCUGAUCUCUCCUUCACUCACCACAUCAGCUACACCACCAACAUCGUUCUCACUGGACAAUGUGAACAAUGUGAUGGCCAGACUCAGUACAAAUGGAGUGCUGAAGACCAGACCGGCAUGACCCUUGACCUCAAUGAGGUAACCACCUCUACAGGGAGACAUUCACCUAACCUGGUGGUACGUUCAGGUGUCCUCCAGCCAGGACUGAGUUAUACGUUCACUCUCAACGUAUCCCAGCCUGGCGGAGGUCAGUGGGGCAGCGACAGCCUGACUGUACCACCAAACACUCCACCACACGGAGGUGUAUGUGAUCUCAGUCCACAAUCAGGCAUACGUCCGCUGGAGACAGUGGUCACCUAUACCUGCUCAGGAUGGCAAGAUGAUGAAAGUGAGGCAUCUCAGCUGAUUUAUACAUUUCAGGUGGCACCCUGCCGGCCCAUUAGCGCCAUGUGCCCUACGCUCACACUGUACAGGGGAACCCGUUUAACAUUUGGCAGCCUGGUUCCAGUGGGAGAAUCUGGGCAAGAAAAACACACGUCAGUUAUCACAGUUACUUUGUUGGUAGAGGACUACCUGGGCUCAACGGUCAUUGCUCUGAACAGAACACUGAGAAUUGAAAAUCCUACGAGGGACGAAGUUGCCAGUCAGUGGCUCAGAAACAAGAGCCAGACGGAGCUGUGGGCUUUGGUCCAACAUGGCAACCCUCAGGAGAUCAUCCCUUAUUCCAUUGCCCUUACCAGCCAGCUCAAUCAGAUGCCGUCUGGACGGACUGCGAGGGAGCUCGAGGACAGGAGGGAGAUCCGGGGGAAUGUGUCUCAGGCCCUCGCUUCUCUCUCCAUGUCGUCUUUGCUGGAUGUUGAUCAGAUCAGCUCAGCACUGGCACAGUCCACUGCAGUGCCUCGUGAGCUGGUAUGUAAAGGCUGCCAGGAGAAGGUUCUGGAAGCUGUGGGGAGGAUGAUCCAUGUGAUGGAGACAGAGAUGCGUCCCGGUGUUUUAUCAGCUCUUGAAACAGGAAGGAACAUCCUGAACGUCAUAGGUUGCACCUUGGCUGCUGUUUCUGAAUCGGCCGGCGCCUCCAGUUCUUACGAAGGCGACACCGGCGCUGUGCGGUCGGCUGUUACAGUCGCCCUGUCGGCGCUCGCUCACGCGGGAGCUCUAGUGCGCUCUCUGAUGCACUCACGUGUUCACGGCGAGGAACCCUUUUUGCUCUCUACCCCUUAUGUCAGUACAGUUGGUUUCCAAGGAGACCCCUCUGACCUCCUCUGCAGUCACCAGACAAACCAGUUCAACCAACGCCAGAUCCUCCCCUCUCGGUCGCCAUCAGCUGACGGCUCAAAUAGUUCCCGCCGGUGUCAGUUUCACAUCCCCACCUCCCUUAUCGCUCACCUGAAGAGUCAGAGGUCGGAGGUGGUGCAGGUACUGUUCGGUGUGGAUGGAGCGCUCGAGUCCAGCCCGAUGCUGACUGCAGCUGACCCUCCCAUUUCAACCUCUCUGGUUGCCAUGGAGCUCACCACUCCUCAGGGUGAGCCCAUACCCAUCAGGGAUCUGGACCUUGCAGAGGCCAUACAGGUCACCCUGCCCCACAAAUACCUUGUGGGACAGGGAGAUGAGGGUGGAGAUGGGAGAGUGGGUGAAGACAGGAAUGGGACAUGCCUCACUGUAACACUCCCCGCUGAAGGACAGCUGAAGUUCACGGUGAAAGCUGUGGAUGGAUUGGAUGAAAAUGCAGGUUUAUACAUCUCCUUCAACUUCAGCCUCACCCCAGGAGCUACUCCAGUGAGUUUGGGACAUGUCAAGAUAGAAGUGAGCUCUUCAGCGCCAGGGACUAAUGCAUCCCAGGAUUCCCUUGAGAGACACUGGGCUCUCGCUCUCUCCGCUCCGACCACCUCCUCGGAGGAAACCGUCUUCCUGUCUCCACUCUCUCUGUGUCAGUUCUACAGCGUGACGGAGAGGCGAUGGAGCAGUGAGGGUCUAAAGCCACUGGAGGGCAGCACGCUCCACGCGGCGCGCUGUCUCACCCAGCAUCUCACCAUGUUCGGGGCCAGCUUGUUCGUUCAUCCUGGGGCUGUUGUUCUGCUGCCUCCGUCAGGCGGCCCCAUGGGUAACAUAGUGGUGGGGAUCGUGUGUGCUGCCCUGGUUGUGAUUCACCUGCUCGUGGGGCUUAUUGCCCAUAAACUGGACCAUUUGGACAGCGUGAGACUGAGCCAGGUCCCUCUGUGUGGCCGGCCCGGGUUGUACCAUUACAGAGUUCUGGUCAAGACCGGCUGGAGGCGAGGAGCAGGCACCACGGCGCACGUUGGCAUCAGUCUAUAUGGUGUGAACAAGAGCGGCUCUCGCCAUCUGCAGAGGGACGGAGCUUUUCAACGCGGCGGCCUGGACCAGUUUCACCUGGAGACGGAUCACAACCUGGGAGAAGUUUGGAAAAUUCGCAUCUGGCAUGACAACACAGGUCUGGACCCGUCCUGGUACGUCCAGCAUGUGGUGGUGUGGGACCCGCAGACAGACCACAUGUUCUUCUUCGUGCUCGAGGACUGGCUCUCUGUGGAGAAUCAGAAGAGUGAGACCGUGGAGAGGGAGAUUCUGGCCUCAUGUCCAGAGGAACUUACUCGGUUUCGACGGGUCCUCACCUCCCAGCUGAUGUUUGGGGUGAUGGAGCGCCACCUGUGGCUGUCGCUGUGGGAGCGUCCCACUCACAGCUGUUUCACCAGGGGGCAGAGGGUGACCUGCAGUGCCCUCAUUCUGCACCUCUACCUGGCACUGGGGGCUGUGUGGUAUGGGGCUGUGGGCUCCGAGGGGAGCAGUGGACCAGUGUCAUCCCAGCUGCUGGUCAACGGCGAGACGGUUGCUUUGGGGGUGAUUUUUGCAGGACUGGUGUUUCCUCUCCAGUGUUUCCUCUGUUUCCUGUUCAGAAAAGCGCACAGUCAGGUAACUGUGGACAUGUCAGUUCCUCCGUCUCCUGUCUGUCACUCCGUGGAGAUGGACGUUUACCUCGGCCAAUCAGAGCUCUCCGGCCCUUCCUUCCUGUCUCUGCCGGACUCUUCCAGCCACGUCCGGGACAGUCCUUCAUCUUUACUGGAGAGCAAGGCGUUCGACUCCAGUAUCCUGGACUUCUGGGCCGCCUCUGGCUUGGCGCCGCAGACAGACGUAGCAUGUCAAGACGAGGGUGUGGUGGCAUGGCCGUCCUGUGACAGCCUCCUCAAUCUACCAGUAGACUUAUGUCCCACCAAGAUGACCCCGGCCCGCGACCUCUGCAAGGCUUCACCUGCUCUGGGCCCCGCGCGCCAGUUGAGGAGGAAAAAGGCCUUGAUGCAGCUGCGCCUGGCGUCGCCCUCCUCCCCUGACACACCCACUGCUCUUGUCCCUUCACCUUGCAAAUAUCACCCUUCAAAAGAAAUUUCAGACUCUGAUUACUCCCCUACUGCACCAGACCCGAAGGUCCUGACCGUGAACGCAAACCCAGUCCACAUUCAGAAGCACAAUUUGACAACGUUUCUGACUCUGUCCGAGGAGGAUCUGCUGAUGUCCAUAGCAGCAGCAGAGGACACAAGAGGCCCAACCAACAGCAACUCAGACAGUGGCCGGGAUUCCCCCAGAACCAUGUCCUCAUUUUCAGCCACGCAAAGCACCUCCUGCAGCAGCUGGUCCGAUCAGAGCGAGGAUAAGUCCCUGUAUGGAGCAGAGAUCCAGAUGCCAGACCCGCAGUCCUGUUCCUCCCUGUGUGGGGACGGACUCUACAAGUGUCCCUCUGUGCAGUCUGUUGACUCAGUGGCGAGCACCUUCCUGCCGAGCCCUUCUCCUGACUCCACACGCUCCUCCUCCACCACACGCAUAGGCGUUGCUCGAGGUCAGCCCAGCUGGCUGCUCCCUCCCUGGGCACUGGCUGUGAUUUACCCCCUGGUGGCCGUGCUGCUGGGAACCUGCCUGACCGUGGUUGGACUCUACGGCAGCUUCUUCUCCAGACCGGUAGUCCUCAUGUGGCUGAUAUCAGCUCUCUCUGCCUUCCUCACCUCUGCUCUCCUGCUGGAGCCUCUCAAGGUGUGUGUGCAGGCGUUGGUCUACACAGCGCUGUGGAGGCCUGUGGAUCCAGAGGUGGAGGAGCAGCUGGCUCAGGAGACCACUGUGGUGAGGGCAUUUGGAGAGCAUUGUGGAAAGGUUCGACCACCAUGUGGCUACGGACUGCUGCAGGCUAAAGAGGAGGCACGCAAAGCCCAAGCUCUGCGAUCACUAAUGAGGCACUGUGUGUGCCAGCUGUUAUUUCUGUUGCUGGUGCUGAUGGUGAACUACCAGGACAGCGUAGAGCGGAGGCAGGGCAGACUGCUGCACUCCUCUAUCAGACGCCAUCUUCACACAGCACCCUUGGGGGUCCCUAACCUCACCUCACUCAGAGACUGGUCGGAUGCAGAGCAGUGGAUCAACCACACCUUGGUGCCACACCUGCACCGACACCCUCCACUGCAUCUUGUGGGGUUGCCACGGCUGCGGUACACACGCAACACACUUGACCACACAGCAAGCGUCCUUCUGGGAAACAGCAGCGUGAUGACACGCCAGCUCCUCGGUGACCUACACGUGUCCGAUUGGAGCAAGAAGUUGUUUAAAUCUCUUUCUGUUGAUUUCACACACUACCAUAGAGAGUCUGGUUUAUUUGUGUGUGUGUCCGUUCAACUUGAGUGGGCUCAGACGCAAAGAGUCACUCCCUUCCUCUCCAUCCAUCCACUCCUCAUCCCUUCAUCCUUCUCAGGACUGGACCUUCAAGUGGCACUAAUGGGUCUUCUUCUCGUCUCUGCUCUCCUCAUCUUGCUCGGGCAGCUGUGGUCCAUGGUUACUGAGCGUGCCCAGUAUCUGCAUCAAUGCAGACACUGGUUCCAGCUCCUGUUGGCCUUGUUGUCACUGGCAACGGUUAUCCUGCAGUUCUGCUUCCUGUCUCUUGCCUCUUCGUGUGUUUCCAAGCUUCGGUCCCAACCAGACGACUUCAUCAACUUCCACAGCGCUGCCCUUCUGGCGCAGAGGUCGUCUCAGUGCGCAGCCGUCCUGCUCACGCUGCUUGUUCUAAAGCUGCUGGGAACCCUGAGGUUUGUGCGGAGGUGGGUGGUGAUAGGCAGAGUGCUGCAGAGAGCCUGGGGGGAGCUGUGGGCUCUGAUUGUCCUACUGCUGCUGCUGCUCGUGCUCUGCACUCACCUUGGAAACACGCUGUUCUCCCGUUCAGUGGAAGGCUUCCUGUCUGUACAGGAGGCCGGCGUGUCAGUGCUGUCCAUCCUGCGUGGACGAGUAGCUCUCCAACAAUUAUGCAAAGUCCACACAGUCCUUGGAUCCCUGUAUGGACUACUACUGAUGGGGGGAGGUCUGUGGCUAUUGGCCAGACUCUGUGGUGCUGUUCUCAUUCAUACAUACAGGGCAGAGCAGGCUGAGCUGUACCGUCCAACCAUUGAACCUCAGGACUAUGAGAUGGUAGAGUUUUUCAUCAAGAGACUCAAGCUGUGGAUGGGACUCACCAAGGCUAAAGAGUUCAGGCACAGGGUGAAGUUCGAAGGCAUGGACAUCCCUCCUUCCAGAUCCUCCCAGGAAUCCCGUCUCUCCACCUUUUCAUCCACCCUGCCCUCCUCCUACUCUCCUUCCCUGUCCUCCUCCUUUUCAUCCCCCCGUCCCCCGUCCUCAGCUCUGUCCGUGAGGUCCGAGGACUCAUCGGUGUCCGAGCCUGGGUUUGACGUCUCUCCCUACCUGGACCGCCUAGCCCCCUGUGUCACUGCUCUGCUGUCACGUUUUGAUCGGGUCAACCAGAUAACCGAGGAUAUUCACAACCUGGAAAUGAAGCUGGAGGAGGCGCAGACCAGGAGAAGGAACAGGUGGAUCAGUAACAACGAGGAAGUUGCAAAAAGAUUCGGAGGGUCGACAACAAAGCCAAAGGAACCAGAAGACAGAAGGGUAACAGGAGAACUUAAACACAGGACGACGGGUCCUCUUUACAACGAGCCAUCCUCCGAUUCUUACGAUCCCCCCGCACUUCACUCCUCCGCUGCCUCCAUCUGCAUCUUUCCCCGAACACUGAGCUCCUCCCCCGAGUCUGAGUCUGAGUCUGCAUCUAGAGUCUGCGGUUUGUAUCCCGCCGGUUCUCCUAGUUUUGAACGGUUCCCCGGGAGAAGAGCUUGGCAUUCUGGGAGCUCUCAUUCAGCUGAUGCGGCUCAGAGGGGCUUCCAGUUCCUAGGAGGAGCCGUUCCACGUGGAAAUGGCGGAGAAAAUUUAGCAUUCACAAACGCCAGACCCAGGAGCGAAGAGGGGGUGAGGAGGCGUGUCAGUGACGGGAUCCCCGUGAAGAGGAAGGCUUGGAUCUCUGAAGGACCAGACACUGAGCCAGAUGACAGCUGA